UCACUCAGGACAGGAAAGUGGCUUCUCCCUCAUGUGGGAUCUCUGAUGCUUGUAAAGAUAUGACUUCUGUGAAAAACAUUUCCCACACUCAGGACAGGAAUAUUGCUUCUCCCCUGUGUGAGAUCUCUGAUGUCUGGAAAGAUAUGACUUCUGUGAAAAACAUUUCCCACACUCAAGACAGGAAUACGGCUUCUCCCCUGUGUGCAAUCUCUGAUGUUUAUAAAGAAUGGACUUUCGUGAAAAACAUUUCCCGCACUCAAGACAGGAAUAUGGCUUUUCCCCAGUGUGAGAUCUCUGAUGCUGGACAAGAUGUGAUUUUAUUACAAAACAUUUCCCGCACUCAGAACAGGAAUACGGCUUCAUCCCCGUGUGAGAUCUCUGAUGUAUGGAAAGAUUGGACUUUCUUUGAAAAA